GGCGGAACCGCCCAAGACGAGACUGCGGGGGGAAAGAAGGGGGGGGGGAAAUGACUCGACUUGCGCGGCUGCGGAGCCUCUUCUCGCACCUCUCCAGCUCCGCAAGGCUGGCAGCGGUCCCGAGACCCACGACGGCUGCCUAUAGCACUGCCAUAACCUCAGCAAAAGUAGAAGUGAAUGGGAACCACCUGCACUACCAACAAACUGGAAAUGGGAACCAUGCUGUGCUCCUACUCCCUGGCAUGUUAGGCAGCGGUCAGACUGAUUUUGAACCACAGCUGAAGAACAUGAACAAGGAGAUUUUUACUGUUGUGGCCUGGGACCCUCGAGGAUACGGGAAGUCAAUCCCUCCAGUCCGAGAUUUUCCUCCAGACUUUUUUGAAAGAGACGCAAAAGAUGCAGUUGACUUGAUGCAGGCACUGACGUUCCAAAAGUUCUCCUUGUUGGGAUGGAGUGACGGCGGGAUAACUGCACUCGUAGCAGCUGCAAAAUACCCAGAUUUGAUCCACAAAAUGGUGGUGUGGGGAGCCAAUGCGACCGUUACAGAAGAGGAUGUGAAAAUUUACAAUGGUCUCCGUGAUGUUUCAAAAUGGAGUGAAAAAACAAGAAAGCCUUUGGAAGCAAUGUAUGGACAUGAAUAUUUCAGCAAAAUAUGUUCAGCUUGGGUAGAUGGAAUCUCCCAGUUCAUGAAAAACCCAAAUGGUGAUAUCUGUCAGCGUUUGCUGCCUCAUAUUAAAUGCCCAACGCUAAUUAUACAUGGUGAGAAAGACCCAUUGGUACCCCGUUUUCAUGCAGAAUAUCUCCACAAGCAUAUCCGAGGUUCACGGUUGCAUUUUAUGCCUGAAGGAAAACAUAAUUUACACCUACGGUUUGCGGAAGAGUUUAACAAAAUGGUAGAAGAAUUUCUUGUGUAGAGCACCUGUUUCUUUGCUGUUCCUGAGAGAUUGGUAUAGUUCAAAGUGAAACUGGCAACAGCAAACUGUAUUCUUAAGGGAAAGAGUGCAACAAGGGAACAUACAUUAUUUGUCCUACUCAUGUAUGCCAACAAUUCCGGGACAUGGGAAAUGAUUAAAAACUGCUAGAAGUGGGAAUAUUUUCUCAAAGGCUUUGUAGAAAUGUUAAGGGAGAGACACACAAGUUUCAAUAAAUACUUUUUUUAUUGCCCAGAUUCAAUCUUGAAGAAAAGCACAAAGAGAAGUCAUUAUCCAAAACGCAUGCCUUGAUACACUGAACACCACACAAAAGCCAUUGUAGAAUUUCACUGCAGACAUUCUUGAAGAGUUUAUUAUACAAUACUCAAAAGGAAGCAACAUAAGACAGCGCCACAGAAAACAUGCUCAAUCCAGGCUGUCUGAAUUCAUGCCUGCUCUACUAGCAUUCUAGUUGCAAUUGUGCCCGUUUCUUCCUCAAAGUCUGGGUCGGGUUUUGUUUUGUUUUUUUAAAGAAAAAGGCUGCAGACAUGAUUUGGAACAUCCAGUGAUUCUGAAUAUUAAAAAAAAAAACCACCUUAGUUCUUAAAUUGAGAGGGAAUAAGUUCCUAAGAUUACAAGCCAAUGAUUUCCUGCAUUGCAAAAAAAAUAGUUUUAGAAUCCAGUUGUUGCAAUAACUGCGUCUUUUGAGGACCCCAAAAGUUGGAAAUGAGACAGUUCGAAUCAGAAUAAAGUGUUACAAGUUACAUAUAGAAUUCUAAUUGUAACUGUAAGCACUUCUAUCCAGUGUGUGUUUGAGUGAAGGCACAA